AAAAGUGGGACCCAGCAUAUAAGAUUCUAUAUAAAUUUUGGAGAAGCCCAUGAAUGGAUUCUCGUUUGGUCUAAUCUCUUCUUCUUCAAGCCCUUAGGUGAAGAACCUUCGGCAACAAUGCCCGCACCAUUGGUAGCAGGACUGGCUAUAGCCGCUGCUGCAUAUGCUGGAAGGUACGGAAUCCAGGCAUGGAAAGCAUUCAAGGCCAGACCUCCGACUGCAAGAAUGCGUAAGUUUUAUGAAGGAGGUUUUCAGCCUAAAAUGAACAGGAGGGAAGCAGCUCUUAUUCUUGGAGUCAGGGAAAGCGUUCAAGCAGAUAAAGUGAGGGAAGCGCAUAGGAAGGUGAUGGUAGCUAACCAUCCAGAUGCAGGAGGUAGUCACUACCUUGCUUCUAAAAUUAAUGAAGCCAAAGACACCUUGCUUGGAAAUACGAAGAACAGUGGAUCUGCAUUUUAGGCUCAACAGAGUUUUUAGUGGUGCUAUAGAAGUUCCAAAUACUAGGCUCUUUUUAGGUAUUCGUGUUCUCCAGCAAUUAGACACUAGAAUACUGAGGUUAUUAGUAUAUAAUUCUUUUAAACCAAAAGAUGCAUUCAGUAUAAGUUAGCAUUUGUCGCCUGCACUAGUUGAGCGAAUGUUGGAGAAUUUGCUACUAGAGCGUCGACUGUGAUGACACGGGCGGAUCUCCUCAUCGAUGUUUCCUGCGGGUGAAAGUCUUUCAAAGUUUCUUUUUAAGUGUCCUUGCUUAGAACAGGCAACUACGACUCAAUUUCAAAUGAGUUAGAAUCGACUAUUUAAAUUUAUAUUUUCAUGUUGCUC